AUGCAGCUUCCUCUCUUCAACAAAGUGAUUCCUCUCUUCUUCAAAGUACUUCCUCUCUUCAUCAAGAUGCUUCCUCUCUUCAUCAAGAUGCUUCCUCACUCCAUCAUGCAUCCAUCAUGCAGCUUCCUCUCUUCAACAAAGUGA